AUGUUAGGUGUUGGAGGUACUGCUACCAAAGCUGUAGCUAGUAGUUUUUUACCAGAAUCUAAAUUAUUAAAGAAAAUUGCAUAUUGGACAUCCGUUGCUUCUGGUGGUUUGUUAAUUGUUUUGGGUAUUCUUAUUAUUUUCUUUUCAAGAUGGAUCCUUGGCCCAUUCGAUAUUGCAUGCGGCGCAGUUGUUAUUGCUAUUGAACUUUUUGCUAUCAGACUUAAAGGUUUCCCAAUUUUUGUUACUAUUUUUGACUAUAAAAUAAGAGGUCCAUUAUACGUAUUAUUUUGUAUCCCAGCAUUUUUCAGUGUAUUUACAAUUGCUCCAGCUUUAGGAUGUAUCGUUGGUGGUGGUAUUUACGCUAUUUUAGGUUGGGUUAAGAAUGAAAAAGCCGAAAUGCCAGAAGAAGGUAAUUAUGAAAAACAAAGAGAUGUUGAAGGUGGUCAAGAAAAUUCUAGAUUAUAA